GUGGCGCAUCCCGCGAACGAACAUCGUGCGCUGCCGUCCCCUCUGUAGCGAGGUUGCAAAGCGCAUUUAACGUUCGGAAUGGACAGCUUACUCCUUCAGUACAACGACAUAUUGCACGCCCACCCGGUCAUCACGCAAGUCUUAACCGUCGGUACAGUGGCCCUCGCCGGCGAUGUCAUCUCGCAGACGUUCAUCCAAAACAAACCCUCCUUCGACUUUAGACAAGCGAUCGUCUACUACAUCGUCGGCUUGUUCUUCACCGGGACCCUGACGGUGCUGUGGCUCAUGUUUGUGGAAUGGCUCGUGGUGACGGGCGGUGUCGCAGGAGCCGCCAUCAAGACGGCCUUAGGACUAGUCUUCUUCACGCCGCCGUUCUUCUUGUGCUUCCUGGUGGUCCACGGAUUUCUUUCCGGGCACAGUUGGGAGGCCAUCAGGGAGAACAUCAGGACUAAGUACUUCGUAAUCCUGAAAUCUAGGUACGCGUUCUAUCCGGUGGCGCAGUUUGUGAACUUUGAGUUCGUGCCUAUCCUCUACCGCGCCAUCUACUUGAGUGUGGUCGCCCUGUUGUGGAACAUGUACCUUUCGUGGAAGACCAAUCAGGUUAGUCCUUGUCCGCCCGUGGAACCGUCUGAGAAAACUGAGCUGGACUCGGUGUGAUGAUCUCUUGACCUUGUCUUGCAGCUAGCUCUUAAGCCUGGGUCCCUCUGCUAAUCCUGACGGUCUUGUUAGAUUAGUCAUACAAACAAUGUCUGCAGGAAUGCUCCAAGCCUACAUAUAUACAUAAAACAAACAUGAUCCGAACAGGCGCGAGACGUGUGCGCAGAUAAUCCUGUCUUCAUGUCUCUAGCUAGCACCGUGUCGUUUGCAUAUGAUAUAUGUGAGAGUGUGAUUGUGUCUCCAGUUUUUCCGACUGCGCAUCAAGGCGUACCACAAACGUUCACUUUUUCGGAGUUUUUGUUCAAGGUUUGCUAGAGACCGUCGGCCUCCUUCGAAGGGGGUGAUCUAAUGACGUAAUUUUUAAUCUCUAAAAGCAAAAAGAAAAGUUAAGUAGUAGCGCAUGCUUAAGGAAUUUCACCUUUAGAUGCCUACUGUCUGUUCGUACACUAUUGACCGUUGACAACAGACCAUGUGCGUGCACUACGCGUGCGCGGUAACCCGCCCAGUGAGAGAUAAAGCAUUUGCGUACUGCCGCAAGUGGCGCACCACUGCGAGGUGCCGUCAGGGGUGGGCGUUGGUCUAUAUUCAGUGAACACUCCGCCAAACAAAAACGAAGGAUACGUAAAAAAAAAAUCCUCACUGUACAAUCUUUUUUUUGCUUGCUUUGUUUUAAAGCAAGAUGUCAGUGUAAAUAGACGAGGUGUUUGUUAAAUAGAUUGUUCGAAGCUUCGAUUUUACAAAAAAUUAGGCACUGAGCUCGGGGCGAACGAAUGCCACCGGAAGCUUAUUUCCGCGUCUGUGUGCUGUGUCUGCACUACCCACGCACGAGUUUUCCUUCAAAGGCAGCUGGAGUUACAGAUGGGAGCUUCGCUUCAAAUAAAUAAACAGAAUAAAACUCACGAGCACUUUGCUUUAUUUUGUUUUUGUCUCUUCUCACAGUUUAUUCGGCGAAUUAACUCGGGAUGCAAUUUCUGUUCUACUGCGCUUUCUCUUUUUUUAUUUUUGUGAACAACAUGCUGGAGUUUUAUCUUUUGCAGUUUUGUUUUCAUAGGAGUUGUUUAUGCCACAACAAUAAUUCAUACGGAAACAAAUGUAUGAAAAAACGAGCAUCUCUAUACCGUAAAUUCAGCUACAGUACGCAUGAUAUGUUUUGUAUUAAAAACUUUGUAAUGUAUAAACAUCAAGUAUUUAAAAUUUGCCUGAAAUUUAACAUUAAUGUUUACUUCCUUUUGGUUGUCAAUUUUAUUUGGAUUCAAAAUAUGUUCAUGUGUAAGAUUUCACAUUUAAAUUACGUGGGUUUUGUUUGCAAUGGUACGACCGAUAUGAUGAAAUAAAGAAAUUGUAUCGU